AAUGAGAUUCACGCCAGCUUUACUCUUUGCCGCAACGGCCUGGGGUGCUCAACACCAUCACCGACGAGAUACUACAGACAAUGGCAUCAACCUUGGUGCAAUCUCGAGCGCACUUGAGAAUCUGAUGGCCAACCAAACAUCCACCGCGAACUUUGCCAACAUCUCGCCGCCGCCAAAGUCUCUCAUCCCGGAGAUCCUCUCGGUUGUGCCCGUAUCUGUCAUCUGGGAACUCAUCAACCCAGCGGAGCGCAGCUCCCUCGCCAGCCAAUUCAAGGCUGGCACUACCCCGGCCUGGUACAGCGCUCUCCCGUCGGAUGUGAAAAACUACAUGUCGGUGGUCAAGUCGCAGAUUUCCGGGGGGGCAUUGACGGCCACAACGUCGGAAACCAACACGGCAGCAAAUACAGGGACUGCAGCGACAGCGACUGCGACCGAUUCCAAUUCUGGAGGACCGGAAAGCUCGACCUCUAAAGGUGCGGCUGCACAGCCCACGGGGCUCACCGUGUCAGCGUUGGGGGCGCUGGGAGUGCUUGGACUAGCACUAGCUCUGUGA